UAAUGGAAUAUACAAGAUUAGGAAAUACAGGUUUAUUGAUAUCGAGAAUUUCUUUUGGAAAUAUGGUAAAUUUUGCUCCUGAAGAUGAAGAAGUUAAUACAGAAAUUAUCAAAACUUGUUAUGAAGCAGGUGUUAAUUUCUUUGAUACUGCCGAAUUGUAUUCUUAAUUCUUAAAAUCUAGUUAUGAAAAUGGCAAAGCUGAGGCUUAAUUAGGCAGAUCCAUCAAAAAAUUAAAUAUUCCUCGAGAAAAGAUUAUAGUUUCUGUGAAGAUACAGGCAAAUAAUUUUGAAGGAGGAAACAAUGUUAAUAGGCUACUCACCCUUAAUCGUAAACAUGUAAUUGAAGGUGUUAAUGCGUCGCUUGCUAGAAUGUAACUAGAAUAUGCUGAUAUUGCUUUUGCUCACAUUUAUGAUCCAGAUACACCUAUUGAAGAAGUAUGCAGAGGAUUCAAUCAAGUCAUUGAAGAUGGCAAAGCCUUUUAUUGGGGAACAUCUAAUUGGAAACCUUCAUAAGUCUAAGAUGCGUUCAACUAUUGUGAUAAACAUGGCUUAAUCAGACCUGUUGUUGAACAGUGUCCAUAUAAUAUGUUUACUAGAAAUAUUAUAGAAAAAGAUUAUGUAGAUAUAUUUGAAGAAGGAUAUGGUACAACAAUCUACAGUCCCUUAUAAGGAGGAUUAUUGACUGGAAAAUACAAUGGCGGUAUAAUCCCUUAAGGAAGUAGAGCAGGAACUGAUAAUGGAUGGUUAACUAAGGAAUUAUCUUACUAAUUUAUCUUUAAAAGAUUUUGUAUUAUAAUUAUAUUAUACUACUUUAGUGGAAGAUCCUGAGUCAAUCGCAAAACUAAAAAAAUUAGGAGAUUUAGCAGAGUCAAUAGGAUAUACUUAAACAUAACUAGCCAUUGCUUGGACUUUAUUUAAUAAAAAUGUAUCAACAGCUAUAAUUGGGGCCAAGACUGUUUAAUAAGUGAAGGAUUCUUUGAAAGCAUUUGAAUUAUAUAAGAAGUGGGAUCAAGAAUUAGAAUAAAAAGUUGAAGCAAUCUUGCAAAAUAAACCAAAAUAAGAUUUUAAUUGGUAAACUGGAAAACCUUUUCCUGAUAGAAGAUGAA